UUCACAAGUGCGCUUUUGGGCCGUUGUCUUUCACUUGUUUUCGCUGCAACAAUUACCGGAUCCUUCGCUGCCCGCCGAGCAAACGUUCGACCAUUUGCCUAAAAGAAGCCUUGAGCAGCGGAGAAGGAAGUCAUGAGUGCCGGGAAGUUGAAGAACUUGCUGGCAUCGGUAGCCAUCGGAGGAGUGGCCGAGGCGAGGGCGAGCAUAUUUGGCCACGUGCUUAACCCCACGGGCGAAAGAUCUGCUCAUAAAAUUCUGCGCAAGAAGCUGAUUGGAGAUAAGGUUUCGCAGUGGUAUCCCCACGACAUCAGAAAGGACGAUCCUCUCAUCAUGGCUCGAGAAGAACAAGAGCGCUUAAGUAAGCUUGAAAUGUUGAAGCGCCGAGGUAAGGGACCACCUAAGAAGGGGCAGGGAAGGCAAGCAAAGAAGCGGAACAAAUAGGCAUUGUCUCUAGAUCGUCUAGUAAUAGUUGACCAUGCAUUAGUGUUUUGGUAUUUCAUAGCUAGUUUUUCUCUCUAUGUGGUAUUUUUUGUCAUGGUCAGACUAUAUUUACUACUAUCUGUCCUGGAAAAACAAGUUAUGUUUGUAAUAAUGAUUUUAAUACUGAGAUCAGAGGUUUGUUUUUUGUGCAGACGGAUUACUUUAUUGAACAACAGAAACUCUUUAAAAUGUAAUGAGUAAUGACAAUGCCAACAUUCGGUUUUUUAUUAUCAGACUCUCUAGUCUCU